UCAAGAAAGUAAUUAACCUUUCGUUAGAUAUUUCUCCUUCUUUUCAGUUUCUAACAUGAUUGGAUUGUUUAUCCUUGAUUCUCAGACCCUUUCUAAGGUAUUUUGUUGGUUUGUUAUUUCGAUCUUGACAUCUAUUUCUCCAUAUUUUUAGAGUUUUUCAGUAUUGUGAGUUUACUGAUUCUAUGACGAGUUUUGAAAGGAUUGUAACUCAUCCUGCUACUACUACGGUUGCCAAAGAAGUGAUAGAACAACCUAAUGUCAACCUUGAAUCCCUAAAACAGGUGAUAUUAAAUCUUUUUAAUGCUCCUACUGCCUUAUCUACUGCUCCGGGUACCAAACCUUGGUAUUUUGAUUCUGGUUGUUGUAACCAUAUGUCUUCAAUUACUGCUCAUUUCUCUUCAAUGUCACCUAAUAAUUCCUUUCUUGAUAUUUAUUCUGCUGAUGGUUCCCCUAUGAAUGUUAGUCACAUUGGUAAUAUUUCUACAAAGUCAUUGACUUUACCAAAUGCCCUUUUAGUUCCAAAACUUAGUUAUAAUCUUCUAUCUGUCGGUCAAUUAUGCGAUCUUGGUCUUGAAGUAACAUUUUCUGCUCAUGGUUGUUGUAAUACCCCAAAAAUUGGUGAUAUUUUAGCAUUUAAUAAGGGACCUAUUUGAAGGAAAGUAUUGUUUUGGGGGUUAAUCGUAAAAUUUUAAAAAGUUGAGGGGCUAAAAAGAAAGGAAAUUUGGAUAAGGAUCAAGGCUGAUAUUUUUGUCCUCAGCCACGUGUUUUUCUUUUCUUCAUCUUCAUUUUUCUUCUCCCUGAUGCUCUGCCUCCUCGACCAGCCCCCCCCAAGCCACCGACUCUCUCCCCCUUGAAAAACCCGGUGAGAUCUUGAUGAAAUUUCUCUUCUUUUCUUGUUAAAUCACAAGAUUUGGGGCUUAGAAUCUUCCCUCUCAACCCAGAAAUCCUGGAUAUGCUCUGCUUCUUCCUCCUUUGUCCGUCGGGUUCUGCUGGGUUUGAAUCCUUCGGCUUUUUCUGUUUGCCGUGAGUUUUCCCCCAUGGAUCCUGUUGGCUUCCUCACCAGCCAAGCUCGGGUUCUGCUAGCUGGAAUUCUGGUAAGUUGCCGGCUUUUCCAAGCUUAAAAUUACCCAUUUAAUUGCUGGGUUUUGUCCAUUAGUUGAUGCUCUGUGUUGUCCGAAUCUGCUGGGAUAGGGGAUGAAUUUGGUAGCCCUUUUAAAUGUGUUUUAAGGUUGAUUAUGUAGAAUUAGCUUGAAUUAGCCGCUGUGAUGUUUUGUGUGAGAAAUCCCGUGUGUGUGAGUUGUGAUUUGCCAAGUCAUGCCCUCCAUGUGCUGCCCGUGAGAUUGGGGAAA